CUCCCUCACAGCGCUGGUCGCCAUCCAUCCUCCUCCUCUUCCUCCUCCUGGACCACAACAGAUGGCGACAACAACAACAUAGCAUUCGGCGCGGACGCACUACAACACGCCGCGACCUCCUGUCCCUACAAGGACCGCAAUGCUCCAGGGGCAGCACGGCGUGAGCCUGUGACUCGCCGCACGGCAGCCCCCCCCCCCCCCCACCCCCCACACACGACCACCGGGAAGAAGCUUCUCGCCUGCCUCCGUCGAAGCGGGGAAGAUGGCCGCUAUGAAAAUGUUAACCAGCGGCGGGCUCUUCCUGGCGUUCUGUGCGCUGGGGCUGCUCGCCAUGGCUAUUUGUACCGACUACUGGUACGAGACGGACGCCAGGAGACACCGGGAGAGGUGUAAAAACUACGCCAACAAACGCAACGACCCGGGCUACAUUUACAUCUCCAACCACAACCUCCCUCUCCAGAUGCCUCCCAGGAACACCGCGGAGGCCCGGCCUCUCGUCAGGGGGAAGCGGCACUUCGUGGCGGCAGCCUCCGCGAUGGAGUCCCACUGCAGUCGGCAGUUUAAUUCCACCGUGUCCGGCCUUUGGAGGAAGUGUCACCGGGAGGGAUUCGACCUGGAGACGGAGGACCUUAUUUAUAAAGGGAUCAUUCAAAGAUGUACCCCAGUAAAGUAUCACUACACUUCGUCCAUCCUUCCACGAAACUUAUCCGUAAACAUCACGAAGACCAUACGACAGGAUGAGUGGCAUGCACUUCAUCUAAGAAGAAUGACAGCUGGCUUUGUGGGUAUGGCCGUGUCCAUCAUUCUUUUUGGCUGGAUCAUUGGAGUGCUGGGAUGCUGCCAGCAGCAUGACCUCAUGCAAUAUGUGGCUGGGCUACUCUUUCUAAUGGGAGGAACAUGCUGCAUCAUCUCGUUAUGCACCUGCGUGGCCGGCAUCAACUUCGAGUUGUCCCGCUACCCUCGCCACAUGUACGGCCUCCCCGAGGACAUUAGCCAUGGCUAUGGCUGGUCCAUGUUUUGUGCCUGGGGCGGCCUCGGCCUUACGUUGCUCGCCGGCUUCCUCUGCACCUUAGCCCCAUCUUUGAGCACGCCGGCUCGCACGACGACCCACAAGCCGAGGCAAGAAAACGGAACCGUGUGACACUAAGCGCACAAAUCACACAGACUACACUUUUCAAAACCUUAAUGUUCAAAUCGGAAACUCUUUUUUUCUUGGUCUGGUCACCACUUCACCCCGCCCCUCAACAUCGCCGUCCCUCUCAGUGUUUCAUUGUGCCUGAGUCCUGACAGCACACAGUUUUGGAGCAAAGAACCAAGAGACUUUCAGACACAGGAUUUUGAAACCCCGCCUCUCUCCAAAAAAAAAAGGACAACUGGAAGUGUCCAACCUUACGUCUGACAGGCCAGUGGCUUGUAAUAGCACAAAUGUUUGGUGUUUUCGUCUUUGACUUGCCGACUUUAUGGCAAUCUGAAGGUGACUGUUUUACUAUGGUGCUCUCAUACACACUCCUAAAGGCACACACACGCUCAUUUUCUCCUGCUGAGAGAAAUUCUACAAAAAAAACACAACAUUAUGACAAGGAGUGACCAUUGUUUACUGUCAGUGUCGGAUACCUGCAUUCCCUGCUGGGUGACUCCAGCCCUGUGUGCAAAAAUCGCAUCCAAUCAUUUGAUUAUCGACGGAAUUGUUCUAAAUGUACAAAAGUGUCUACAAGUAGGUCCCGCUUCAUUUGAUUUUGAAUAAGGUUGUUUGUAUCUGUUAGUGUUGAGGCAAUGGUGCCUGGCAGUAUGGAGGUGCAGCCUCAGCAGGAUGGUCUUGGAGACUUGUGCUUGGAGGAUAAAUCCAUUAGAGGAUUUAUCAACAUUACUUUUUUUUUAGUCACGGAUAUACAAACCCUGUUUCCAUAUGAGUUGGGAAAUUCUGUUAGAUGUAAAUAUAAACGAAAUACAACGAUUUGCAAAUCCUUUUCAACCCAUAUUCAGUUGAAUAUGCUAGAAAGACAACAUAUUUGAUGUUCAAACUGAUAAACAUUUAUUUAUUUUGCAAAUAAUCAUUAAAUUUAGAAUUUGAUGCCAGCAACAUUGUUGUGUCUUGAGUAAGGAGUGGAUCCCAAGAUGCAGAGACGGGAGGCGGAGUUGAAUCACAAAAGAAGAUUGUCUUUAAUAAGUUCAAAAGGAUAACUCAAGGCGAUGGGGCAAAAGCACACACCAUGGAAGAGGACUAAACUGAAGGAGGACUCUCGAUGAUCAGCAACAGGUUCGACAAAAACUUCUCUCGCUUACUGGGGAACUAGGGAACAAAAACACCAGAAGGAAGGAAUGGUGAUAAGAAAGGAGAAGGAACGUACCGAGUUGGUUGGAUGCGAGUUGAGCAUGCGGGCAUGGAAAGCACAGGAGUCAUUAACCGGCGAGGAGCAGCUGACUGUGGUGGACUUAAAUAGAGCUGAGCAGUGAGUAGUCGCAGGUGUGCCUAGUUGGAACUAAUGGAUGGAGGAAAAAUAACACAAAAGCAAUACGGAGAAGACAGGAAAACAAUACACAACAAACAUGUGACAAAGAAGUUGGGAAAGGUGGCAAUAAAUACUAAUAAAGUUGAGGAAUGCUAAUCAAACACUUAUUUGGAACAUCCCACAGGUGUGCAGGCUAAUUGGGAACAGGUGGGUGACACGAUUGGGUAUAAAAACAGCUUCCCAAAAAUUGCUCAGUCUUUCACAAGAAAGGAAUGGGCGAGGUACACCCUUUUUUCCCCAGCUGCGUGAGCAAAUAGUCAAACAGUUUAAGAACAACGUUUCUCAAAGUGCUAUUGCCCAAAAUUUAGGGAUUUUAACAUCUCCGGUCCAUAAUAUCAUCAAAAUGUUCAGAGAAUCUGGCGAAAUCAAUCCACGUAAGUGGCAUGGCCGGAAACCAACAUUGAAUGACCGUGACCUUCGAACCCUCAGACGGCAUUGUAUCAAAAACCGAAAUCAAUCUCUAAAGGAUAUCACCACAUGGGCUCAGGAACACUUCAGAAAACCACUGCUUAUUUCAGCAUGUGUUACAAAAAAAAGAGUGUGGGUACUUUCCUGGCCCGCCUGCAGUCCAAACCAGUCCAAACCUGUCUCCCAUCAAAAAUGUGUGGCGCAUUAUGAAGCGGAAAAUACGACAGCGGAGACCCCGGACUGUUGAACGACUGAAGCUCUACAUCAAACAAGAAUGGGAAAGAAUUCCACUUUUAAAGCUUCAACAAUUAAUUUUCUUAGUUCCCAAAUGUUUAUUGAGUGUUGUUAAAAGAAAAAGAGAUGUAACACAGUGGUGAACAUGCCCUUUCCCAACUACUUUGGCACGUGUUGCAGCCAUGAAAUUCUAAGUUAAUUAUUACUUGCAAAAAAAAAAACAAGUUUAUGAGUUUGAACAUCAAAUUUAUCGUCUUUGUAGUGCAUUCAAUUGAAUAUGGGUUGAAAAGGAUUUGCAAAUCAUUGUAUUCCGUUAAUAUUUGCAUCCAACACAAUUUCCCAACUCAAAUGGAAACAGGUUUUAUACGAAAUGCAUAACUGCGGAGCUGUAACAUGCAGCUCUUCACUACAAAAAGGGGAACUUGAGUGUUAUUGCCUACUUUAUUGUGUAACUGGAAUAUUUAACGAAAUUCAUUUAAAACUGGUACAGGUAAAUGUUACAGCGUUUUUGGUUUUAAUGUUGAAAUGCCGAUGGGGACGUCUUCUCCAUCUUUAUAGUAGAGGAAAAACAAGUCCAGUGAUGGUUAGGGGCUUUUCUGGGACAGGGGUGAUGCAGCUGGAGAGGCUGAUUUGCUUGGUGAUUUUAAUUUUGGAAAAGAUGAUGUGUAACUAAGACAUUUCGGUCUUUGACGCCUUAAAUCCUGUAUUUUGUACCUUCUAGCAAACGUAAGUGAACUUUGUUAUUGCAGUAAUCCCCAACAUGAACAUUUAAGACUCAACAAAUUCGAAAGAGCAGCUUGCAAGCAUCCUUGAUGUAGAAUCGGAAGGAUAGGACACAGGCCUAAGACAUCAGAAUGGCCUCUCUUAAAGGGGAACUGCACUUUUUCGGAAAUUUUGCCAACCGUUCACAAUCAUUUCGAGAGACAACAAGACAAAAGUUGUGUGUGUUUUUUUUGCUGUUGGUUUUUUUUUACAUUUGAGCAUGUAAAAAUCAGCUCGUUUUUGGUGACAAUAAUUGCAGCCAAUGGGAGCAAACAAUUCUACCGCUAAAUCCAUUCAAAAUUGCAUACAAAAACCGUCAACAAUACUUCAUUAACGUUCCGUAACCUGUAUGACAACCAAACUGUAGCAACAUUGUUAAUGUAAGAGCAAACACUGAGGAACUCUCAUUCUAGCGUAGUAACGCUUCGGUAUUAACCGUAAAAGCUAGGUACAGAAAGAGAUAAGCUUGCUUCUAUGUCGGAAGGAAACACGUUUGAGUUUGUAAUGCAUGAACAAAACAUGAACAAUCAUAUUACUGUAUCUGUAAAGUAUUAGCCCACAUUUCAUCUUUUGUUUGUACACAUUAAGUUCAACAACAUAUGUACUGUAGUUGUACUAACACGCUUGACGUGCUGCUUGCAUCUUGAACAAUAUUAAAGUGUGACUCGCUCGAUGGACAGUUGUGGGUUUGGGCCAGCUGGCCAGGGACGUUUUUUCGGUUUAUUUGGGUAAGCAUUCCAUUUAUGUCGAAAUAGCAUUGGGCAAGUUCCACAUUUACUGCGCCAAAAUCACUUUCACCUCACUCUCUCAGCUUCUGUCUGCUCCAACGUCUCACCCUUCCUUCGUACUUGCCUCUAAAAGCAGUAGUUCAUCCUCAGUAUACUCAGCUUCAAAAAUAUUCGGUUGUGUAGUCCUUGAUCCAUCCAUCCAUUUUUUACCGCUUGUCCCUUUUGGGGUCGCGGGGGGUUUCUGGAGCCUAUCUCAGCUGCAUUCAGGCGGACGGCGGGGUACACCCUGGACAAGUCGCCACCUCAUCGCAGGGCCAACACAGAUCAUUAGUCCAAAAAUAUCAAUCAAUCAAUCAAUGUUUACUUAUAUAGCCCUAAAUCACUAGUGUCUCAAAGGGCUGCACAAACCACUACGACAUCCUCGGUAGGCCCACAUAAGGGCAAGGAAAACUCACACCCAGUGGGACGUCGGUGACAAUAAUGACUAUGAGAACCUUGGAGAGGAGGAAAGCAAUGGAUGUCGAGCGGGUCUAACAUGAUACUGUGAAAGUUCAAUCCAUAAUGGAUCCAACACAGUCGCGAGAGUCCAGUCCAAAGCGGAUCCAACACAGCAACGAGAGUCCCGUUCACAGCGGAGCCAGCAGGAAACCAUCCCAAGCGGAGGCGGAUCAGCAGCGCAGAGAUGUCCCCAGCCGAUACACAGGCAAGCAGUACAUGGCCACCGGAUCGGACCGGACCCCCUCCACAAGGGAGAGUGGGACAUAGGAGAAAAAGAAAAGAAACAGCAGAUCAACUGGUCUAAAAAGGGAGUCUAUCUAAAGGCUUGAGUAUACAAAUGAGUUUUAAGGUGAGACUUAAAUGCUUCUACUGAGGUAGCAUCUCGAACUGUUACCGGGAGGGCAUUCCAGAGUACUGGAGCCCGAAAUGAAAAAGCUCUAUAGCCCGCAGACUUUUUUUGGGCUUUGGGAAUCACUAAUAAGCCAGAGUCCUUUGAACGCAGAUUUCUUGCCGGGACAUA